UAGGCAGUGGCAGUUUUAUUACUGAUACCAUUGUAGCUAGGGAAGACUUAUCUUUUGGGGACUUUUAGCAGAUAUAACAUUAAAAGGAAUCUUCAUCUUUUACAUUUGUAUUAAAUCGAAAAGUCCGUCGUUUUCUAUUUCGAAGACUGGAUUACAUUUAAAAGAUGAAGAUUCUAUUUAGCAGUCUAUUCCUCGGAAUCUGCCUGUUGGUGUUAGUUUCAGAGACAGAAAGUUCAACAACAGUAAAGACAGCAGCUCCAGCUGCAGGCAGUGGCACUGGCACUGGCACGGGAGGCGGCGGCACGGGGACUGGUACAGGAACGGGGUCUGGUUCUGGUAGCAGCGGAGGUGGAGGUGGUGGUAACGGAGCGAACGGGAUUUCAGCCGGAUCAGUAUAUAAGUGGACAGGAUUGUUCAUAGCCACAAUGUUUUUGUUCAAAGUUCUCUAAUUUCUGUAACAAAACAAUCUAGAUAACACACGUUUUUUUAUGAUAUCGCACGCUACUCUAUACGUGUGAUUGAUAACGUAUGUAAAACUCAUUAACGAGAUGUGACUAUUUAAAACAUUGAAUAUCGAAUGUAACUUCUUAUUCUUUCUUAUUCAAAGCUGUCAUGUAGGACAUUUGAAUCAUAUGGGCGGAUAUUACAUGUUAUUGUAAUAAUGAUGCUCAAUUUUUAUUAUACAUUUGUAAUCAGCUUGACUACUUAGUAAAUAAAUACAAUGUACGUUAUACCAA